AUGUCACUGCGCAUGCCUGCCUGUGACAGGACGCUCGGGAAUGACGUCAGGCCCCCGCGGGUCCGCGCUCUCCGGAGCGCCAUGCUGGGCGCGUCAGGCACGGGGCUCGUGCGGGCCCUGCGGGCAGGGACGCAGGUGUGGCUGUGGGGCUCGCGCGGCCGCUCCCUCUCCUUGCCGCACGCGGCCCGUGGGCUACACGCGGGAGACUGGCGGCCCUCAGCCGGGCGGGGACCGCUCGAGCGGCGGCCGAGCCUGCCUGCGGCGGCGAUCGUGAACUCGGCGCCCCGCCCUCUGCAGCCCUACCUGCGCCUCAUGAGGUUGGACAAGCCCAUAGGAACCUGGCUACUGUACCUGCCAUGUACUUGGAGCAUUGGUCUGGCAGCUGAACCAGGUUGUUUUCCAGAUUGGUACAUGUUAUCCCUCUUUGGCACUGGAGCUGUUCUGAUGCGUGGAGCAGGCUGUACUAUUAAUGACAUGUGGGACCAGGACUACGAUAAAAAGGUUACAAGAACAGCAAGUCGCCCAAUAGCUGCUGGAGACAUUUCAACUUUUCAAUCCUUUGUUUUUCUUGGGGGACAGCUGACCUUGGCACUGGGUGUUCUUCUGUGUCUGAAUUACUACAGUAUAGCUCUUGGAGCAGCAUCCCUACUUCUUGUCAUCACCUACCCGCUAAUGAAGAGAAUUACAUACUGGCCUCAAUUAGCCUUGGGGUUGACUUUUAAUUGGGGAGCAUUACUUGGAUGGUCUGCUGUCAAGGGCUCCUGUGAUCCAUCUGUUUGCCUUCCUCUUUAUUUUUCUGGAAUUAUGUGGACUCUAAUAUACGAUACUAUCUAUGCUCAUCAGGACAAGAGAGAUGAUGCUCUGAUCGGGCUUAAGUCCACGGCACUGCUGUUCCGUGAAGAUACCAAGCAGUGGCUCAGUGGCUUCACUGUGGCGAUGCUGGGGGCACUGAGCCUGGUGGGAGUGAACAUUGGUCAAACUGUGCCCUACUACACUGCUCUGGCUGCUGUAGGGGCCCAUCUGGCUCACCAGAUUUACACUCUGGACAUCCACAGACCUGAGGAUUGUUGGGAUAAAUUCACCUCCAACCGAACAAUAGGACUAAUAAUUUUUUUAGGAAUUGUCCUUGGGAAUUUGUGGAAAGAAAAGGAGACAGAUAAAACAAAGAAAAAUAUAGAUAAUAGAGUAGAAAAUUAGCAAAUUAAGUUUAUCUGGGGAUUUUUAAAACAAACUUUUACAAAAUACUCUCAGGUCUUAUUACCACAUAACUAGAUUUGAAUAACAGUCUUACAAUAUAUUAAUGAAUUACAAACCAGUAGAUGAAGUUGUAGAGCAUUUUUGCCUGGAUUUUAGUUCAACUAUGUACUAGUCAAAUUCUUCCCCAUCACAGAAACCAGGAACUCUUCAGGAUUUGCGAUCACCUGGAGUAUUUAAGUUAUAAUUCUCAUCUGCAGUUACAGGAAUUACAUGAGUUUUGGCACUUUAGAAAAAAACUUGAUGUGUGUCUCAUCUAAAUGACUGUCUUUGUAGGAAAAUGGACUCUCUUUUUAGGGCAAAAUAAAAGCUGCUACAGGAAGUUGAGGCUUAUUGUUCUUUGCGUUGACCUUUACUUACUGCCAAAAGCUGUAAUUCAGGAAACCGUUCUGUUUUUUAUAUUUUAGGAGAAUUUAAAUCAGUAAAUAAAUUUUUUUACCUGUUGUACCUGUA